CGCCCCUUUUCCAUCAUAUCUGCAGUGAUAUUCAGACACACACGCUCUCUCAUCGCGGUACCAGUAAACAAACCUGAACACGCAGUCUGCUCAUAAUGCCAAACUGGGGUGGAGGAAACAAAUGUGGGGCUUGUCAUGGGACGGUCUACCACGCUGAAGAGGUCCAAUGUGAUGGAAGAAGUUUCCACAAGUGCUGCUUCCUCUGUAUGGUCUGCAGGAAAGGUUUAGACAGCACUACGCUGGCCAUCCAUGAACAGGAAAUCUACUGCAAAUCCUGCUAUGGGAAAAAGUACGGCCCAAAAGGAUACGGGUACGGCCAGGGGGCAGGAACGCUCAACAUGGACCGCGGCGAGAGGCUGGGCAUCAAACCGGAGGAGACCCAAACUCAUCGGCCCACCACCAACCCGAACCCAUCGAAGUUUGCUCAAAAGUUUGGAGGGGCAGAGAAGUGUGCACGCUGUGGGGAGUCUGUGUAUGCUGCAGAGAAGGUGAAGGGCGCUGGAAAGCCGUGGCACAAGAACUGCUUUCGCUGUGCCAAGUGUGGGAAGAGUUUGGAGUCGACCACUCAGACAGAAAAAGAUGGCGAAAUCUACUGCAAAGCGUGUUACGCAAAGAACUUUGGACCCAAAGGAUGUGGAUAUGGUCAGGGAGCAGGGGCUCUGGUCCACGCUCAAUAACAGUCAUGACUUCUUUACCAUUAUCUAAACUUACUAUUAAUUUAAAAAAAACUUUAAGGGUUAUAUUGGUGCAUAGAAAAGUCAAUUUCAUAAGCAUCUACUUUUAUGAAUAAAAUAUAUGUAUGCAAUAAAAACUGAAGAGCAGCACACAAUCUA